AUGCUGCUCAGCCGGCUCGUACAGCUCUUGGUGUCGGUGAUGCACGUGAUCACCAUCAUCUGCAAUGCGCUGGCGGUGGUGUGCGUGGUGUUCUUCUGGGUCCACGAUGGCAAAUACAGACUGGACUGCCCCUGCUACCUGGCCAUCAUGCCGCCGCUCGACUUUGGCCCCAACUACCCCAGCUGGAGCUACACGAUUCCCGAGCAGGAGCUCGUCGAAUAUGGCGAAAAAUGCCUGCAGCAGACGCCGGCCGAGCAUAGCGAGGUGCUCGACUACUUCCAGAGCUCCGUGCUCAGCCGUUUUACGGACUUUGAUAGCGCCGAGGGCCGCCCGAAUUUCGUCGCCAACUCGACGGUCCGCGACGACAAGGCACAUGCAGAUCGUAACCCGCUGCACACCAUCAUCACCGACAUGUUCGUGCUGAGCAAACAGCCCGAGACGUACGACCCGGCUUCUAACUAUCUCCAUCCGUAUCUGCGCCGGCGUACCAGCGGCACCCUCCGCCAAUUCAUCGCCAACUUCCUGGAGCGCAUGCCCCGCUGUCGCUACGCCGAGAAGCUCUACUUUACGAUCUGGCUCAUCAUCGUGCCGCUGAUCGCCAUCGCCGGCGUCAUCUACGCGUUCAAAGGGGUCUUCAUCUGGGAGCUCAGCUAUCAACUCGUGGCUCUGGGCACGCUGACGCUUGCGACGGCCGUGUACAUCUACUGCAGCAACCUCUACUCCCGGGCGCGCGUCGAUAUCGCCUCGAUGUUCUUUGUCGUGGCGAUCGGCAUCCACGUGGUCGAUAUGCUCGCCCUCCUGCUCCACAUUCUCUGCUUCAAGCACGAGCAGAAGGUGCUCCGGCGUAACUAUGGCGUGAAGCCGAAGCAGGUC